AUGGAUACUUUAUCGUCACAAACGAUUAAUAUCGAUAGCUCGGAAAAAGUGUGCUGCCACACCAACGAAUAUUUUCCCGUUCGCCCAAACGAAAAAAUCGGAGUUGCUGAAAUUGCAGCAACAAAAACCACAACAAAACAAUUGCAAAAAUUCAACCCAAUGGAAAGCGAUGGAGCGGCAAAAAAUACAAAUGAUGUUGCAGCGUGCGGUGAGAAGCCCGACACCCAUACUUUUCCAUCGAAUAAAUGGGUGAAACUAAAUGUGGGUGGAAAAAUUUAUACAACAACAAUUGAUACGCUCGUCGGUCGAGAACCUGACUCUAUGCUCGCGAGAAUGUUUCUACAGGAUGGUGGUAUGAUGCCCAGCGAGAAGGACGAGCAGGGCGCGUACUUGAUCGAUCGGAGUGCUCGGUAUUUUGAGCCAAUUAUAAACUAUUUACGCCAUGGUGAAUUCGUCUGCGAUAAACACAUCAGCUUAAAGGGCGUUCUUGAGGAGGCGCGUUUCUUCGGUAUCUACUCGCUCGUCACAUACCUGGAGGAAAAGCUAGAACAGGAAGAACCACUCGACGAUAGACCACUGACACGUAUCGAUGUGAUAAAAGCCAUUAUACAGACAUCAGCUAUUACGGAGCUGCGCUUUCAGGGUGUCAACCUAGCAGGAGCUGAUUUACGCAAACUAGAUUUUCGGAAUAUUAAUUUUAAGUAUGCCAACAUGUCGCGUUGCAAUUUAUCACAUACAAAUCUGAACUACUGCUGCCUGGAGCGUGCGGAUCUUCAGUAUGCAAACCUGGAAUGCGCUCAAUUGGUUUCAGUGCGGGGUCUUUGUGCCAACAUGGAGGGCGCCAAUUUACGUGGCUGUAAUUUUGAGGAUCCUACGGGUGUGCGAACCAACUUGGAGGGCGUUAAUUUAAAAGGCGCUUGUUUAGAGAGCAGUAAUAUGGCUGGUGUUAAUUUACGCGUAGCAAACCUCAAAAAUGCAAAUAUGAAAAAUUGUAAUUUACGUGGCGCUUUGCUGGCUGGCGCCGACCUGGAACGCUGCAAUUUGUCAGGUAGCGAUUUACAGGAGGCCAAUUUACGUGGUGCUAACUUAAAGGACGCUGAGCUGACGCUGAUGGUUACGCCUCUACAUAUGUCGCAGGCCAUACGUUGAUCUGAACGUGCCUUUAAAAGCUUAAGGAACAUCACCAUGUGCAAUUAUUAUCAAUAUAUAUUCGGUCCUAGUAUGUGAUGCUUGGUCUUAGUUUAGUUUUUUGUACAUACUUUAUUUUGACACUAUAUACAUAUACUAAAUAAAACAGUAUUAAAUACAAGAUUAAGUAGCUUUACAUCAA